AUGACAAUUCGUGUGUUGUUGCAGUCUAUUGAGAAGGGAGCGAUCCUCGUCGAUAACGUCGGACGCUACGUCUCGGUUGGUCGUGGGGUUGCCAUUUACGUCGCCUUCCUGGGGGACGUGGACGACGCUGCGCUUGAGCAAGCCGUUGCGACCAUCAUGAGUGGAGUGCUAGUCCACCGCUGCCUGCCUGAGAAUGCCUCAACGACCUCCAUUGUAUCGCUGAACGACUACCGUGAUGCCGACAUUCUUGUCGUUCCGCAGGCCUCACUUGGGGGAAAACUUAAGGGUCGCCGCGUUCAGUUCCACGCACUGGUGGAGAAGUCACGGGGAUUGUGGUUGUACGACCGCUUUUGUCAACUGCUUCGGGCGGCAAGAGGCAUUGACGCAUCCUCCGUGGAUGAGAACGGGGUACCGGUAAAUGAAGCAGUUGGUUCCCUGGAGUUACAACAAGGCGGUCUUGUCAUUAACGGAACGUACGGAAAUCGUCAAGGGCUGAAAAUAGAGUCAGAGGGGCCGAUGACACACUUCUUGGAUCUUUGA